AGGACGAAGUAAACAGCAUACCUUUUCUUCUUUUUAACGUUAAAAGAAAUUAUUUAAGUACAGUGAAUAGAGGACACAUCAAAGAAGAGAAAUCAACCGCACACACACACACACACACACGCCUCCAUCGAGGGACACGUAAGGAACAGCUUCUUCUCGUGGUUUGGUUUUGUUUAGUUGAGGGGUUCAAAGAUAGAAAUACAAGUGUGUCUGCAAAGGCAGGAAGAAAAGCGCUGCAUCUAUUCAGGUCUUGUGGUCUUCACACAUAGAGUCCAAAAUAACAACAACGUUUUUUCCCUCUACAACGUAUCCUUAGAACCUUGCUUAUUAUAUUCCCCUCUAACGCCUUCGUGCUGUGCAGUCUUUCCUUUUAAGUGAAGAUACACACAUAUAUAUAUAUACCUACUUUUGUAAUGGCCGAUCCUUUAGUGCAGCUGCUGGAGAUCGAGCUGCUGGGCGCGAACCCGGACGCCUACGCGAAUCCGCUUCGGUGGCGCAUGCGGCUGGAGGCGGCGGAGAGUUUACCAUUCCCCGUCUCCGUUUCUUUCGUCUGGGUCGGUAGCGCCUCCUCCUCGCAGUACGACCAAGUGCUCGAUGACUUCGACGUCGGCCCGCUAGAGCAGGGGACGACGGAGUUCACGCUGGAGUGCGACGCCCCGCAGAUGGAGCUGGUGCCGACCGAUGACGUGGUGGGCGUCACCAUCCUGCUGAUAUCGUUUCAGUAUCGCGGACAAGAGUUCCUGCGGGUGGGCUACUACACGCAGGUGGCGUAUUUCGAUGCCCAGCUUAACCAGAAUCCACCGGCGACGCCGCAAAAAGAGCUGUUAGGUCGCUUCGUUGCCAUGCCGCAGCCCGCGGUCACCGUCACCCCGAUCGAAUGGAGUCAGUAG